AGCCAGCCCAGGGCAGUGUUGUUGCAUGUUGCAUGGGAUGAAGGGUGAAGGCUGAUUACUCUUGCAAGCUGGCUUCUGAGAUUGCACCUUCUCUUCCUGCUCUUCCUCCAACUCUGUGAUCCUCUAAGGCAGAGUUGAUCCACCUAGGAACCAAGACAAUGCCACAAGCAGCACAGUUACAGUCUUCACCUAGUGGGCAGCGCUCCUACCAUCCCCAGCCCACCCCCAAUUACCAAGACAAAGCAGGGACACCUGCAUCCAGGGAGACCCUCCUGCAACAGCCUGACAAGGACAAGAUGGGGCCUCGCCACACUCCACGCCUCCGGGCUGUGGUCGAAAGCAAGAUCUUCAGGAACAUCCUGGUGGAUGAGAUGGAUAUGAUGCAGUCUCGUGCAGCCACCCUCAUCCAAGCCAACUGGAGGGGCUACCAACUCCGGAAGAAGCUGACCUCCCACGUAUUGGCGGCUAAAGGCGUCCAGACGGCCUGGCGGCGCUUCAAUACCAUACGCCGCCUCCGGUACGGCAAGGCAACGGAGAAGAAAACACAUGUGGAUGAGGAGAACAUCCCUUACCACGCCCCGCAGCUGGUGCGGUUCCAGCAUUCAGAAGAAGACAGGUAUCUUCUGGCCCCACCUGUCAUGGUGAAUAAGGAGACCCAGUUCCCUUCUGAUGACAGCUUGGCUGCCCGUGCCCUCCAGCUGGCCCUGCGGCAGCCCCCAGGUGUCCCACGGCCCGGCCUGCAGGCUCCUUGUGCCACUGGAGGCCCUGGCGUCACUUUCCUGCCACACCAGACUGUUUCCAUCAGACUUCCGUGUCCAGUGAGUCUGAAUGCAAAGUACCACCCGUGUCUGCUAACAAGAACCAUCAGAAGUACCAGCUUUAUCCACUUAGAAGGGGACAGGACAAAGACCAAGCAAGUGACUGCCAGAGCCAGCAAGGCAGGAGCCCUGGGGCCACCCUGUGAAAGGAUUGCCCAGACACUUCACGGCCCCCUCAAGACCCAGCCCCAGGCCCAGGUGGAAACCGAGGUCCUCAGAGCCCCACCCCAGACAGGCCAAGCCUCUGCGAUGACCAAGACUCCACUCCAGUCGUGCUUAGCCUCCAGGAUGAACAAAUCCGUAGCCCAGCCAGGCCCAACGCCCACGGUAAUAGUAGCCAAGACCCCACCUCAGCUGGACUCAGCAGUCCCCGUGGCCAAGACCACACUCCAGUCAUGCCUGGCAGCAAUCUUGAACAAGAUCCCAACCCAGCCAUGCCCAAUGCCCACAAUGAUAAUGAAGACCCCGCCCCAGUCGUGCCUGGCAGCCCCGAUGACGAAGACCCCAGCUCAGAUGCGACCAACAGCCUUGAUGACCAGCACUGCACCCCAGACCCAACCGGCUGCCAUGACCUCAAUUAUCAAGCCCCUGGCACAGACCUGCCCGGUGCCUGUGAUGGCCAAGACCCUGCCCCAGAUCUGCCCAACAGCCACGAUGGCCAAGUCCCUACUGCAGACAUGUCCAGUGGCUACAACAGCCAAGACCCCAUCUCAGACGCUCCCAGGAGCCUCAAUGACCAAGACCCCUACCCAGACACGUCUGGCAGCCAUGAUCACCAAGACACCAGCCCAGUUACGCUCCGUGGCCACCGUCAUCAGGAACCUCUGCCUGCCUCCUCCUGCAGAUGGAAAUCCGAACGCUUCGCCUCCAGCAGCUGUGGCGGAUGGGAUUCCCAAUCCCUCAUCCCAUACAAACCUGAACAGCCCAAAGGCCAAGGCGGUGGUGACCGGGAGGCAGACGGCAGGCACGGUCCAAGUCUCAUCCCGUUCACACUUGACUGAGGCAAAGGUGAAAUACUGCCCCCCACCACACCUGGGGGCUGGCGCUCCCAAGGCUCCAGCUAUGCCUUUUCCAGAAGCCGAGAAAAUCAAGGCCUUCUCCCAGAAACAGGUGAAAAUGGCAACCAUGUCUAACACCAGUGUGGCCAAGGACAGGAGCAAGGUCUCAUCGCGGGAACAGCUGAAAAGAGAUGUCAUGAAGGUCCGGUCCCAGGUGUGUGCACCUGUAGAGAUGGCUGUGGUUCGGCCACAAGCACAGCGGGGCGUGUGCCCAGCCAAGCCCCUGCUCCGAGCACAUAAGGCCACCUGUUCAACCACAGCCUCGCCCCAGAGACUUAUGCUUGCAAAGCAGAUGAGAGCCCUGCCCCAGGCAAAUAUCGCCAGGUGUCUGUCCAAGCCCCCAUCCCAGGUACAUCCACCUGCCAAGCUAACCACGGCCCCGUCCCUGGCCCAUCCGGGCACGUGUCUGACCAAGACGCAGUUCCAGGCACAUCUGCCUACGAGGCUGACCAAGGCGCAGUCCCAAGCCCAGCUGGUCACAGAAACAGCCAAGUGCCUCUGUGCUGCCCACCAGGCCGCUGAGCUCAGUAGCAAGACUCGGUCCCAGCCACUCCUGGCUGGGUUCAAGGCCUCCACCCAGCCCUAUCAACACGUCGGCUCUCUUGGCACUUUGUCCCGAGCAAAGCCAGAGGACAGAUUAACUCAGCUCCCAGCCCAUAGCUGUGCCCAGGGCAAAGCCACCAAGGGCCCAUGCCAGGGGCCCUCCAAGACCCAGAGCAUGCUGGUGCCUCUUCUGGCGUCCACUGGACCUUCCACAUGCAACGUCGAGUCCUGGGGUGACAGCCAGGCCACCCUGGCCCAGCCAUCGACCACAAGCCUACCCGCGCCCUGCCAGGAGGAGCUGGGGGCCUCCCAGUUUGCCUCACUGUGUGCUGAGCUGGCCACUGUGCUGGGCUCCCAGGAGGACAUCCGUGCUCUGCUGGCGAAAGCUCUCCCCCAGGGGGAGGUGAGGGCGGCACUGAACCAGGCCCUGUCCAAAGAGGUCCUAGGCACCACGAUAGCCAAGGGCCUGCCCCAGGGCAUGCUGGGCACAGCACUGGUGAAGGCUCUGUCCUGGGGCGAGCUGGGCACUGCCCUGUCCUGUGCCCUUUCCCAGGGUGAGCUGCGGUCAGAACUCACGAAGGCCAUACAGGGCACACUGGUGGAGGUGCUCAGCAAGGUCCUGACAGAGCAAGACCGGGCUGCCCUGAGCCAGGCCGUGUGUCAGGGUGAGCUGGGCACCGUCCUGAGCCAGUCCUUGUCUCAGGCGGCCCUCCGGACUGAACUCGUCCUCCCUAAGGCCACCUCGAAAACAUUGGGAAGUGGGAUGAUGGUGACACCGGUCCCAGUGGAGGUGGACUCCAGGGAGAGCCGGUCAACUGCAUGGGGGCCCACCAUGGGCCGUGUGAGACCACAGCCCAGCAAGGGCUCCGUGGACGCCGGCGUGGCUGGUGGCCAAACGUGGAACUCCGCCAUCCCCAGUGUUGCCGUGGGGCCCAUGAAGGGGGACAAGGCCCCCUGUGGCGCAUGGAAACCAGCCAGGUGCGAUGUGCCGCGGGAUGCCAUGGGCGUGGAGGCACUGGUGGACCCCCGACGGUUUGGGGAGCUGGUGACGUCCGUUCAGACCGUGGAGAGGAUAAUACUGCAAGCCGUGGUCGUCAUCCAGGCGUGCGCGCGCGGCUACCUGGUGCGCCGGACCGUCAAGGUGUGGCACCAGUGGGCGGUCAUCAUCCAGGCCGCCUGGCGUGGCUACUGCGUGCGGCGGAACCUGGCCCAGCUCCUCAAAGCGGCCACCACCAUCCAGGCCUCGUGGCGAGGCUACAGCACCCGGCGGAACCGCGCCCGGCUAGCGCUGCUCCCCCGCACGUGGACUGAGGUGAGCGCCAGGACCACGCCCACCUCUGACCACCGCUGCUUCCAGUCCUGCCAGCCGCUCACCUGCACCCUCUGCCAGUCGCUGAGUCCCAGGCUGGGGAGCCCGCCCAGCGCCGUCAUGCUCAUGGGUGCCAGCCCCCGCACGUGCCACAGGUGCGGCUACACCCUGCCCACGAGGGUGGUGCAGGGCAUGGGCCGGGGCGCCACGGACCAGGCGGGCAUGCUGUGGGGCGAUGACACCCAGCUGAGCCCCCAGAGCCCCAGGCAGUCCCAGGGCCUGAAUAAGGCAGCCACACUCAUCCAGUCCAUCUGGAGGGGCUUCGUUGUACGCCGCCGGCUGAUGCAGGAGCAGGUAGCCGCCAAGAUGCUUCAAGCCAACUGGCGUGGCCACUUCACCCGGUCCUCCCUCACAACGGAUGCGCUUUUGAGGCCAGCGGCGAGGGACAGCCCACAGGACACGCAGUGGCCAGGAGUCUAGGACCCUGACUGCCCGAUGGGGGACCUCGGGGGCGCUGCCAUGUGGCUCUCUGGGUCUAAUGAAUAAAGUUCUCCACAGCCUGGG